UUUGGAGGUGUUCGGCGUCGAUCAAGACGCGGCGAGGUGUUUCGGAUUUGGGCAGGUUUUUCCGUGUUGUAGUUGUGUUGUUGUGCCCCGUUCCAAAUUUUUUGUCUUAGAUUUGUGUAGAUACGGAUGUUGCACCAAAAUUUUGAGAAGGAGGGAGUAUUAGUUUGUAUGAACUAUGUAUGAAAUCAACAUUUCAUGGCUUUAUACGGAUUAGAUGUUUUGCACAUGAGGCAUGUGGUUGCCGGGGCGGGCUCCUGCACGGAAGCGUCCGCGGACAUAUAGAUAUAGGGAAUCAAAUUAGCAAUCCUUGAAGAUACUCCAAGUAUAGGAUUCCUUUUCAGAUGAAGGAAUACUGUUCUUCAAGUAGCAUUUCCAUAUUCAAGUUUCGAAGAGAGAUAAAAUCAAAUUUCAUUGAGGUUGGGCCUCUAGCACUUAAGGUCGCAAGCUUUGAAACAAUCCUGAUCCUGAUCCUAAUCAAAGCCACACCUCCACGACAACCACUAGUGGAUCAUUAUUUGAUCCUAGGGGAAUGGUCGCCGCUGGGGAAUUUCCGACCAUUGAACGGCCAAACCAGCAAAACGCGUAGUACGAUACAAAGCUCCAAUCGCAGGUCAACAAUUAUAAUUUUGAUUCGUCAUGCACGCCAGUCCUUACCCCUUGCCAAGUUGCCAUGUUUGUGUUGUCACAGACAGCAAAAUAAUGGAGGUGACGCGGAGUUCGAACAUAAACCACAACUGUCUCUCACCAUUACCAUACCAUCAACAAAUACCUCGGCUACUUUUUUCGAGUUAUUUGACAUCAACCGGGGGAGGAUUUUCCGUAACUUCCACAAGAAAUUAGGGGCAAACACGAAAAGAACGAUCAACGGCUCCAAAAAGUUCCUACCUUUUCCAGCGGCUCCAAAAGUCCGGCCUUCAGUGGUAACAUGAUAUAUAUUUUACUCAAUCAACUCACGUCGACUCUUGUAUUAGUAAACUGGCACCAAACACAAAGUUUUUCGAAAGAUCCACUGAAACACAUAGCAGUUGCCAUUGUAAGGCAACAGUUACAAUUGACAGAGAAAGAUUGCUAAACACUCCAGCCAAAAUGAAAGUUUCAGUACUCGAAAAAGAGAAAAAUUUCGCUUGUGACCCUGAGAUCCUAAGAACACAAUUCUUGAGGUAUGAGAUUUUAGUCAGGUUUCCUGGAGAGAAAAUAAAUAAAUUCCUUUCAAGACUGUAAAUCCAACAUUUAAGAUACCAAGCUUUGAACGACAACUAUCAUUAAAGCCAGGUCUACGUUGACAACAGAAUUAAAUGCUUAUUUAGCCAAGACUAGCAUAACCAGCCAUGGUAUUGGGUUUGGUUGGCUGCAACUGAUUCAAACAACAAAAAUCCAAACCCGCCCUAAGAAGUUUCUCCCAGGCUACUGUGCAGAUUCCGAAAAAGAAAUGCUGGCGUUGACCUGGAUACAUAUGACCCAACUACUCGUGUAUAAAAGCACUCCCCAUGCUCCUAGAUAAUUCAAGACAAAAUCCAGUUAUCCCAUAUCCUCUUCAACAAUCCGAACUAUCUUCACCAGUUAUCUCAAAUCUUCAGCAGUGGCUGUGGCGCCAGUGCUCAAAGAUCAAAAGAGAGGUUAAUACAGAAAUAAGAAUGGGCAAACUAGUUGCAGCAAUAGGCAAGUUGCUCUGCUGUGUACAAGUGGACCAGUCAACAGUAGCCAUCAAGGAAAGAUUUGGGAAAUUUGAGGAUGUGCUUGAUCCCGGGUGUCACUGUGUGCCAUGGAUUAUCGGAAGCCGUGUCAGUGGUAAGCUUACACUUAGGCUUAGGCAAAUGGACGUUCGCUGUGAGACAAAGACAAAGGACAAUGUUUUUGUUACAAUUGUUGCAUCCAUUCAAUACCGAGCAAUGGAGGACAAAGCAAAUGAUGCGUACUAUAAGCUGAGCAACCCAAAAUCUCAAAUCCAAUCUUAUGUCUUUGAUGUUAUCAGAGCAAGCAUUCCCAAACUACAACUGGAUGAUGUUUUUGAGCAAAAGAACGACAUAGCAAAAUCUGUGGAGCAGGAGCUUGAGAAGGCUAUGUUUGCUUAUGGCUAUGAGAUUGUGCAGACACUAAUUGUUGAUAUAGAGCCAGAUGAAAAGGUUAAAAAGGCUAUGAAUGAAAUUAAUGCCGCUGCAAGAAUGCGUGUUGCGGCAAAUGAGAAGGCAGAGGCAGAAAAGAUCGUUCAAAUCAAGAGAGCUGAGGGAGAGGCUGAAGCUAAGUAUCUCUCUGGCCUUGGAAUUGCAAGGCAGCGGCAGGCAAUAGUUGAUGGCCUCAGAGACAGUGUGCUUGGCUUUUCUGGCAAUGUGCCCGGGACUUCCGCCAAGGAUGUGAUGGACUUGGUUCUGCUCACCCAAUACUUUGACACCAUGAAAGAGAUUGGUGCUUCAUCCAAAUCUUCUGCAGUUUUCCUCCCGCAUGGCCCAGGUGCUGUUGCAGACAUUGCCAGUCAGAUUCGCAAUGGAUUUCUUCAGGCGUCCACACAUCAUGCCUGAACUGAACCCAUGUGUACAAGAAUUUGAAUUGGUGAGGUCAUUCCUACAGGCUCCUGGUUUGACAUAAGAAAAUGGUCCUUUAAGCGCG